CCUUCUCCUGUACUCUCUCUCUACCUCGCGUUCUCAAUUUUGAGCGCCAAAGUACCGUUAGAGACGAAGGGGCAGUUUUGUAGUUUCUCAUAAACAAAUCAAGUCGGUUCUGGCAGGGCGGGCUCCUCUCUAGUCAUUUGAAAGCACUGGUGUUCAUAAAAAGCAUAUCCCACGGUUCCCACCACAACCCUCGGCAUUGUUUCACGCCUUCACCAGUACUUUCAAGUGAUUGGAGAGAAUUCAUGACCAUUCCUCAAGCAAUCCUCCUCCAUUGUAUAAAUAGGCACAAUUUACCAAUUUUGCAAGCACAUUUGGAAUUUGCGAACUGCGAAGCACGAACUGUGAACUUUUCAGUAGCGCGGGAAUUUCCCCAUCAGAGGAAAACGUUCCAUGGAGGCUUCCACCACUCAAAUCCUUUACCAAAAUUUAAUCUCCUCUGCCAUCCAGAGAUGCCGGAUCGCUGAAGAUCUUUGCAGAUUAUCCGUUGUUCUUAAACGCAUUCCCGACUCCGAUCCUCCGCUCGUCAGAAUCUCAUAUACUGGCAUUGGGAGCUGCUUGGAAGAGUUUCAAAACUUGAAGUGCCCAAGGAAUAUCGUUUCUGACGAGAAUUUUGAUGGAGUGCUUUCCAUCACAACUACAAGCACAUGUGACUCCAAGAUUUUUCACUACCAUAUGAAUUUAAAGGAAACUGUAGCUGCAAGAAAGCUGACAAGGUUACCUUCAACCCCUAAGAAUGGUGCAAAAUUCAGUGGAACUGAAGUAUGUCUGUCCACUUGUGAGAGCAUUGCUGAGUUAACAACAGGGAUCACUCUCUUCUUCCAAAAGGUUUGGCUCACUCCAUUAUGGGAUCCAAAAUUGGUGCAUCAUCUGCCUAGUUCAGCAGGUUUUAUUUAGCCAUUUAAACAAUCCAUGUGCCUCAACAUUCCCACUCAUGCAAGUGUGCAUGCGCACCCCCCCCCCUCACACACACACACACACUAGCAGGCAGAUUAUAUGUGAGGUCGUAUAACUACUUAUGUGAAACAAAUGAGGACGAAAGAUAGGGGUAUUAACUGUGAAUUUGUUACUGGAAGCAAUAAAAAUACUGGGGGGUUAAUUCUUAAAUUAUGCACCCUUCAUUUAGGUGGUGAAGCUCUAUGAACGGUCAAAUUGUCUGGAUGGUUUAAUCUCUAGACUAGACACCAACAAAAAGGGAACUGUCUCCUCAACUAUACUUACUUCUGAUGUUAUUGUAAGCAUUGUGACCUUCGUAACUAACAAAAAGAAGUUAAUGCAAGAAAACGCUCAGAACCU